UACAGAUUUUUCUGUGCUUUGAUGUGUAGUUUCAGUAUUCAAGUUCCUUGUUGUUUUAUCUCUCUGUUUUCAUCUUUCAUCUUUCAUCUUUUUGCAGCAUAAUUUAUUGAAUGUAGACUUUGCCACUGAAGAUAUUUCUCUGUUGUCUCAUAUAUUUACUUGAUUGCAUAACAUUGGCACGUCACUGAUAGGUCUUUAUAUUUAUUUUUGAGAUUACCUUUUCGGUCAUUUUUAUUUACAUUAAGUUCAUGUUAUUUCUAGUAGAUUUCUAUCAUUGCUUCCCUUUUAUAUUGAUAAAGGACAUGCACUUCUUUUUGUUGGAUGGAUAUGUUUCUAGGGAUGGCAAAGAAGACCAAAGGAAAAUCAUCUGCUGCGUCGAAGGCUAAUAAAAGUGAUUGUGAGUUUGAGAUGGUCACAAAACCAAAAGGGAAGAGAAGCAGGCCUAACAAUGAUGACAAAUCAGCUGUUUCUCGGAAAAUGCCAAAGAGAGCUACAAUAGCUUCAGACUACAAGGAGACAUCUCUUUGCCAAACUGACAAGUCAUCUCUUAUUAAAAAGAGAAAGAAGGUUGAAAUAGAAGAUGAGGCUACUGCCGUAAACUUAACUGCUAGGCAAGAUGACUCUCAAGCAAAUCGAAGACUGACAGAUUUUGUCUUUCAUGAUAUUUAUGGGAACCCACGUUCUAUUGAAAUGUUAGAAGUUAACGACUUGUUCAUUUCAGGACUAAUAUUGCCCUUGGAAGGAAGUUUUGAAAAAGAGAAAGUAACAGGUGCUAAAUGUAAAAGCUUUGGAAGGGUAGAAUCUUGGUCAAUAUCUGGAUAUGAUGAAGGCUUGCCUAUCAUUUGGGUCUCCACUAAGAUUACAGAUUAUUGUUGUGUUAAACCUGCUAAUAAUUACAAAAAUUUAUAUAAUCUUUUUUUUGAAAAAGCUCAUGCCUCUGUACAGGUCUACAAAGCAUUGUCGAGGACUUGUGGAGGGAAACCUGAUUUGACUAUUGAUGAACUAAUUGCAAGAGUUGUUCGUUCCAUGAGUGACAGUAAAAAAUUUCCUCUUGGGAUGUCUAUCAAGGACUUUAUCAUUUCACAAGGUGAGUUCAUAUAUAAUCAACUCAUUGGUUUGGAUAAAACAUCGAAGGAAAAUGAUAUUCUCUUCAAAGACUUGCCUAUACUGUCUAUCCUUAGAGAUGAGAAUAAGAAACAUGGAAAAAAUGUGGUUCUAAAAGACUCAAUUUCCAGUAGCGUGGUGAAUACAAGUCUUACAAUUCGUGAAGGGGAGCAGAUCAAUACAUCCAUUUUAUCUGCUAUUGUUAGUAAUGAUGUGGAUAUGAAGUUGGCCAAACUGUUACAGGAAGAAGAAAAUUGGCAAUCAAUUAAACUGAAGAAAACUCAACACUCUGUUGGUUUAUCAAACAAGUUUUAUAUUAAAAUCAAUGAAGAUGAAAUUGCCAGUGACUAUCCUUUGCCGUCAUAUUAUAAGCCCACUGUUGAAGAAACCGAUGAGUAUAUUGUCUUUGACAAUGAUGUUAACAUGCUUAAUGUUGAUGAUCUUCCGCAGAGUGUGCUUCAAAAUUGGUCACUUUACAACUCAGAUUCUCGGUUUAUUUCUUUGGAGCUACUUCCAAUGCAACCUUGUGCAGAUAUUGAUGUGACAAUCUUUGGGUCGGGGUUCAUGACAACCGAUGAAGGAACUGAAUAUUAUCACGACAUUGAUGCUGAUCAAUCUACCUUUGUAGGAGUACAAGAUAUGAAUGGAAUUCCUAUUUAUUUAAGUGCAAUAAAGGAAUGGGUGAUUGAAUUUGGAUCAUCAAUGAUAUUUAUAUCAGUUCGAACGGAUAUGGCAUGGUAUAGACUUGGGAAGCCUUCAAAGCAAUAUGCACCAUGGUAUAAACCAGUUUUAAAAACGGCAAGGUUGGCUGUUGCCAUAAUUACCAUGCUGGAGGAUCAAGCAAGAGCCUCACGACUCUCAUUUGCAGAUGUGAUCAAAAGAGUUUCAGGACUUAAUCAGAACCAUCCUUCUUACAUUUCCUCCAAUCCAGCUGCAGUUGAAAGGUAUGUAGUAGUUCAUGGGCAAAUCAUUUUGCAACAAUUUGCGAAGUAUCCAAAUGAUACAAUCAGGAAGUGCGCUUUUGUGACUGCUCUUUGCAAUAAAAUGGAGGAAAGACAUCAUACCAAAUGGUUGGUGAAGAAAAAAGUGGAGCUGAAGAAGGAAGCCAAUUUAAAUCCCAGGGCAGUAAUGGAACCAAUGGUAUCAAAAAGGAAGGCAAUGCCUGCAACUACUACAAGACUGAUAAAUACGAUUUGGGGAGAGUUUUACUCAAAUUAUUCGCCUGAAUAUCCAAAGGAGGCAGAUGGCGCAGACAUAAAAGAGGAUGAGGAAGUAGAGGAAGAAUCUGAAGAGGUUGAAGAGGAACAGGUGCAAGUUGAUAAGAAAAUGGAGGACUCUCCUUCAGCUGUAAUACUAACUAAAUUGUCAAUUUCUGACGAGGAUAUUAAAUGGGAUGGAGAAUCAAUAGGGAAAAUGUGUUCCAGUGAGCCUCUAUAUAAACAAGCCUUUGUUCGUGGCAACUUGGUUGCUGUUGGUAGUUCUGUGUUGGUGGAAAUUGCAGAUUCUGGUCAACUGCCUCCCAUUUAUUUUGUAGAGUAUAUGUUUGAAAACUCAGAUGCAAGAAGGAUGGUUCAUGGAAGACUGAUGCUCAGAGGACCACAGACUGUUCUUUCCAAUGCUGGUGAUGAGAGGGAGGUGUUUCUGACCAAUAACUGUAAGGAAUUUGAACUGCGAGAUAUUAAAGAGACUGUGGAGGUUAAAAUCCAAUUCAUUCCUUGGGGACAUCAACAUCGGAAGGCUAAUGCUCAUAACGACAAGAUUGAUAGAAAAAGAGCAGAAGAUAGAAAAUCUAAAGGAUUGCCAUUGGAAUAUUUUUGCAAAAGCUUAUACUGGCCUGAGAGAGGUGCUUUCUUUUGCCUCCCAGUGGAUAAUAUUGGGCUUGGAAAUGGAGUUUGUCACUCUUGUAAAAUCAAGGAAACUGAGGCACAGAAGGAGGCCUUUAAUUAUGAUGUUAAUGGGAAUGGUUUUACUCUGAACGGAACUGAGUACCAUGUCCAUGAUUUUGUCUACCUAGCACCUCAUCAUUUUACAGCUGAAUAUAAGGAAAGGGAAACAUUUAAGGGUGGGAGAAAUAUAGAGCUGCAAGCAUAUGUUGUAUGUCAGUUACUUGAGAUUGAAGUACCAAAGUGCAAAAAACAAACCUCUCCAGAAUCUACUAAAGUUAAAGUUCGGAAAUUUUUCAGGCCAGAGGACAUAUCAACAGAGAAAGCAUACUACUCUAACAUUAGAGAAGUUUAUUACAGUGAACAAUUGCUGACAGUUUUUCUUAUUGGAAUAGAAGGCAAGUGUCAAGUCGUAAAGAAGCAUGAUCUUCCAUUUUUGGAUGGUCCUAUUGAACAUGUCUUCUUUUGUGAACACUUGUAUGAUCCUGACAAGGGAACUAUCAAACAGUUACCGGCUCAUUUCAAGUUCAGUUUAAUAAAAGAAAGGGUGGCUGACAGUGCUGCUUACCGAAAGAAAAAGGGAAAAACUAAACAGGGAGAGCUAGAUGACAACAUUGGCAAAGAAACAGUUGAUCUACAUAAGCGCCUAUCCACCCUAGAUAUUUUUGCUGGUUGUGGUGGCUUAUCAGAAGGCUUACAACGAGCAGGUGUGUCACAAACCAAGUGGGCUAUAGAGUAUGAAGAACCUGCAGGAGCAGCAUUUCAGCUUAAUCAUCCGGAGGCUUUGGUGUUCAUUCAAAACUGCAAUGUGAUUCUAAGGGCAAUCAUGUCAGCAUGUGGAGAUGAAGAUGACUGUAUUUCAACCCCUGAAGCUGCUGAUUUAGCUGCAAAACUUGAUGAAAAAGAUAUUAAUAAUUUGCCUAGACCAGGACAAGUAGAAUUUAUCAACGGAGGGCCCCCUUGUCAGGGGUUUUCUGGAAUGAAUAGGUUUAAUCAAAGCCCUUGGAGUAAAGUUCAAUGUGAGAUGAUCCUGGCAUUCUUAUCAUUUACUGAUUACUUCCGCCCUAAAUUUUUCCUUUUGGAGAAUGUGCGGAACUUUGUGUCAUUCAACAAAGGGCAAACGUUUCGGUUGACUCUUGCUUCUCUUCUCAAGAUGGGCUAUCAGGUGAGGUUUGGUAUACUGGAAGCUGGAGCCUACGGUGUCUCUCAGUCCCGUAAACGUGCAUUCAUAUGGGCAGCGUCACCUGAGGAAACACUCCCAGAAUGGCCUGAACCAAUGCAUGUCUUUGCUGGUCCGGAGCUUAAGAUCAAAUUAGAUGGAAAUUCCCAAUAUGCUGCUGUUCAAAGUACAGCUACUGGGGCUCCUUUCCGUUCAAUAACGGUAAGAGAUACGAUUGGAGAUCUCCCAGCCGUUGAAAAUGGGGCUUCUGUAAUGACAAUGGAUUACACAAAUGAACCUGUGUCUUGGUUUCAAAAGAAAAUACGAGGGAAUAUGCUGCUCUUAAAUGAUCAUAUUACAAAGGAAAUGAAUGAGCUGAACUUGAUUAGGUGUCAAAGAAUUCCAAAACGACCUGGUUCUGAUUGGCGUGAUCUUCCUGACGAAAAAGUCCAGUUGUCCUCAGGACAAGUAGUUGAUUUAAUACCCUGGUGCUUGCCAAACACAGCCAAAAGGCAUAAUCAAUGGAAGGGCCUAUUCGGAAGGCUGGACUGGCAAGGAAACUUUCCAACCUCCAUUACUGAUCCUCAACCGAUGGGCAAGGUUGGAAUGUGUUUUCACCCGGAUCAGGAUAGAAUACUCACAGUACGUGAAUGUGCUCGUUCACAAGGUUUCCCGGAUAGCUACAAAUUUGUAGGCAACAUCCAACACAAGUACAGGCAGGUUGGAAAUGCUGUGCCCCCUCCUCUAGCAUUUGCAAUGGGAAGAAAACUCCAAGAAGCAGUAGAAAAGAAACAUUUAACACAGUAGUUUUUCAAUUCCUGGCACCCUGGCAAAAGUUGUAGAGAUUGUUUACCAGCAGGGUUUGUCAAGAAUAGCACACAUUCUUCACAACUCCACAGCCAAAUACAAAAGCAAACGUUGAACAUUAACAACCUUACAAAUGAGACAGUCAGAAAGAAUAAUUUUUCCUCUUUGUGAUGUUGGAUUCUCAAAAUAAAAAGAGAUUGAUUGCAGCAGCUGAUUGUAAGAGGAGAAAAGCAACUAGUGUAUUUGUUAUAAGCAGCUCGAAUUCGCCUGUAUUUUUCUCAAGUCAUUUUUUAAAAUUCUCAUUCAACAAUAAAAUUACUCUAUUUUUGAUA